GGUUUGUUGAAGCGGGGCUCUAACGGGAGAAAGAACCCAGCGAAAGGAGCCGACACGUCUGUAACGUGUUCGGAGCGAGCAGCGGACUGUCUGGCCCUUAUCUCACUUUGACCAUAGCCCACAUGCACCCGGGUUAACUCCCAUCCACCGCAGCCCACCAGUGUGUCCACUGGCCGGCUCGUCUCGGCGGUGCGGUCCCUAGCGGAAACAAAGCGGACCCUCUCCUCGGCUAGUCCUCGGCUCACGUCCCCGCUGAAGAAGACACUUUUCUGGGGCUAAUGUUGCUCUGAACCAUCGAGGAAACCACGUUCAAGCGUCUACACAAGAUGGAUUUGCGGUUACUGUUAAUAGCGUCUUUAUCAGCCGUCCUCGGCAGCAGCUGGGCACAGCAAGAGGGAAGCAUCUGCAUCAAAGCAAACGCUCAGUCAUGUGGGGAAUGCAUCCAGGUGGCCGAGAUGUGUGGAUGGUGCUCGGAUGAAAAAUUCCUCUCUCAGGGCGAAUCCAAGUCGGCCCGCUGCGAUGACCUGGAGUCGCUGAAGAAGAGGAAGUGCAGCGUGGCCACGAUCGAGAACCCACGCGGACGCGUCGACAUCAACACGAACAAGCCGGUCACCAACCGCAAGGACUCGAAUGAGAAACUGAAGCCCGAGCAGAUCACCCAGAUCCAGCCACAGAAACUCACACUGACACUCAGAUCUGGUGAGCCUCAGACCUUUGACCUGAAGUUCAAGCGUGCUGAGGACUACCCCAUCGACCUGUACUACCUGAUGGACCUCUCAUUCUCCAUGAAAGACGAUUUGGAAAACGUCAAGAACCUCGGCACCGACCUGAUGAGGGAAAUGCAGAAGAUCACAACAGACUUCAGGAUUGGUUUCGGCUCCUUUGUGGAGAAGACGGUCAUGCCUUACAUCAGCACCACGCCGGCCAGGCUCAUCAACCCCUGCACAGGGAACCAGAACUGCACCAGCCCCUUCAGCUACAAGAACGUCCUGAAGCUGACGAACAACGGAGACGAGUUCAACCAGCUGGUCAGUCAGCAGCAGAUCUCAGGAAACCUGGACUCCCCGGAGGGAGGCUUCGACGCCAUCAUGCAGGUGGCGGUCUGUGGGGAGCACAUCGGCUGGAGGAACGUGACUCGUCUGCUGGUGUUUUCCACCGACGCUGGUUUCCACUUCGCUGGAGACGGCAAACUGGGAGGCAUCGUCCUCCCCAAUGAUGGGAAGUGUCAUCUGGAGAACAACAUGUACACCAUGAGCCACUACUACGACUACCCCUCCAUCGCACAUUUGGUCCAAAAACUGAGCGACCACAACAUUCAGACCAUCUUUGCCGUCACUCACGAAUUCCAGCCUGUUUACAAGGAGUUGAAAAACCUGAUUCCUAAAUCAGCCGUUGGAACGCUGUCCUCCAACUCCAGCAACGUGAUCAAACUCAUUAUUGAUGCUUACAAUGCUCUGUCAUCUGAGGUCAUUCUGGAAAACGGCCGGCUGCCAGAGGGCGUGUCCAUCACCUACAAGUCCAUCUGUAAGAACGGCGUGGAGGGGACGGGAGAGAACGGCAGGAAAUGCUCGAACAUUUCCAUCGGAGACGAGGUGUCUUUCAAGAUUUCCAUCGAAUCCCAGAAGUGUCCGUCAAAGAGCCGUCGUGAGGUCAUCAAAAUCAAACCGCAGGGCUUCACUGAGGAGGUGGAGGUGGUUCUGAACUUCAUCUGCGACUGUCAGUGCGCCGCGGCCGGACAACCGAAGAGUGAGAAGUGCAACGAUGGGAACGGGACCUUCGAGUGUGGAGCCUGCAAGUGCAAUGAGGGACGUAUUGGGCGUGAGUGUGAGUGCAGCAAAGACGAAGUGCGGACAGAGGACCUAGACGCCAACUGCCGGAAAGACAACGGCACCGACAUCUGCAGCAACAACGGCGACUGCGUCUGCGGCACCUGCGAAUGCAAGACGCGGGAAAAUCCAGCGGAGGUUUACAGCGGGAAAUACUGCGAGUGUGACAACUUCAACUGUGAUCGCUCCAACAACAAGCUGUGUGGAGGACAUGGACGCUGUGAAUGCAGGAAGUGCAUCUGCGACGCCAACUACACGGGCAGUGCCUGCGACUGCUCCCUGGAGACCUCCACCUGCCUGGCGAAGAACGGGCAGAUCUGUAACGGCCGCGGCACCUGUGAGUGUGGAAUCUGCAAAUGCACCAAUCCCAAAUUCCAGGGUCCGACCUGCGAGAUCUGUCCCACCUGCCCCGGGGUCUGCGCCGAGCACAAAGACUGUGUGCAGUGCAAAGCUUUCAAGGCCGGUGAGAAGAAGGACACGUGUGAGCGGGACUGCAGCUACUUCGAGCUGAUGAAGGUGAAGGACCGCGACAAGCUGCCACAGCCCACCGACCAGAGCUUCCCUCUGACUCACUGCAAAGAGCGAGAUGCCAACGACUGCUGGUUCUACUACACCUACGCCAUCCGGAAUGACACCAAGGAGGUCUUCGUGGUGGAGAACUUGGAGUGCCCAUCAGGCCCUGACAUCAUCCCCAUCGUGGCCGGCGUGGUCGCUGGCAUCGUGCUGAUUGGCCUCGCCCUGCUGCUCAUCUGGAAGCUGCUCAUGAUCAUCCACGACCGCCGAGAGUUCGCCAAGUUUGAGAAGGAGAAGAUGAACGCCAAGUGGGACACGCAAGGAAACCCCAUUUACAAGAGUCCUAUUAACCAGUUCCAGAAUCCCAGCUAUGGGAAUAAAUCAGCUGCUCUUUAGGUCAAAGGCGAGAACCCGAUCUACAAAAGUGCCGUAACAACUGUCGUCAAUCCAAAGUACGAGGGCAAGUGAUGGAGCUCUGCCUCGGCUGUGUCAACACUGUAUGGAGAAGAAACAUGGGUCCGGGUGAAGGGGGGGGGGGGGGGGGUUAUAACACUCUCACUGUUUGUCUGUUUUGUUUGUUUGUAUGUUGUAGUCACCAAAAUGAUAGCAAUGCAUUCUGCCACUAUUUCAGUGUGUUUUACUAACUUGGUUUAUUUUCUAUGCAUCGUAUGAAAUGUGUACAGUCUGUGUAAAUGUGGGGUUUUAUAUUUGAUGUUGUGCCUGUGCAGAACUCGAGAGAAAGUGUUGUGAACAGAUUCCCUUCUCUGCCACAGGACUGGCAAGGUAACGAAAUGCUCAACUGUGCCUUUUUAGAGAACCGUCAAGCCAUCAGUGUUUCGUUGAGGGUCUAAUUGGACGUUGAUGAUGGGCAACAAAUGAAGUGUUUCUUUCCAAAUUAUCAUGCAAGUGGAGCAAAGGUUUUAUUGUGUCUCUAAUCAUUUUGACCGAGUACAUAUCACACUUAUUAACUGUCUCUUUGGAUUGAACUCUUCAAAUGUAGCGCCAGUCGGCCGUGUGUGGCAGCAAUGAAUUGUGUACAGUAUGUGUUUGGGUUCUGUGUAAAGCCAUAUAUGUAUUCACAGAACCAGGUUGGUGGCGUUAGUAUUGUUUUUGUCUGAGUGACUUAAUUCCAUCAGAACAAUCAAUUGAAUCGUGUCUUUAUCUACAAAAGAUAUUUUCUUGCGUUGCCUUUCUCGCUGAAAGGACGUCAGUGUACAGUCGUGUUUCUGUUUGGCUCCAGGUUUUACUUUACUCAAGUUAAAAGCCAACUCAGGUCCUGAAUUCUUCACAGCAAUGCCAAAUACGCAAACCUGCCUUAUUAUUUGCUAUCUAACUUAGCUUAUAUUGAAUUGCCUUGUUUUUAUUUGUAGAAAAUGAACUGGGUAAUGGCCCCAGUUUCUCUUUUUUUUUAACAUGUGAGUAGUUCCACUCGGCCAUUUGUCGGUGCCUCGAUCAAACAAUUUUUUAUUGAACAGAAAUAGGAAUGGAUAAAAAAAGUCACAGUGUUAAAGAUCUUUGAUCCCCCGAUCUUUGUUUUUGUAAAGACAAAAAAAAAAGGUUACACCAGUCACCAUUGUUUUUAAGUGCCUUUUUAUAGUUUCUACCACACAAUCACAUUUGCAACUCUGUAUUUCUGAAAAUUAUUUAUUGAAUAAACAUUCAAAACAAUUUGUCCUGACA